AUGAUGAGUUUAGCUCUUAUCUCAUUCGGAUAUUUCAGUACUUACAUCGCUAUCGUCUCGAGCAUUUCAAAAAUAUGCCCUUUCACCAAGAACUAUAAUCUUGAUUAUGCUUACAACCCAUCGAACUUGAACCCUUUUAAAAGGAUGUUUACAGGUUUGAUUUCAUUCAAUAAAUCGUACUGGGCAAUGACUUUCCCAUUUGGCACUAUGGCUAUAUGUUGUAACGAAUUAUCGAAGACAUUUGGUGGCUUGAAAGCAUUUAGAGUAAUAGCUACUAUUUAUGCAGUGGCGUUGCUAAUUGUCACUAUUGGUUGUAUAUGUGGAGUAGUUUAUAAGAUCGUAUAUUUUGCAAAAUAUGCCAUUUACAACACCAAUUAUGAAAAAAUUUAA